AUGCAAGCGUUAGGAGAUCUAGCACCAGAGCUGAUUAUACUUCCUGUUUAUUCAUCGCUUCCAUCAGAAAUGCAGUCUCGUAUUUUCGAGGCUGCUCCGCCUGGUUCGCGGAAGUGUGUGGUGGCAACGAACAUCGCUGAAGCAUCUUUAACGAUUGAUGGUAUCUACUACGUCGUAGAUCCAGGUUUCUCUAAGCAAAAAGCUUUCAAUCCUAAACUUGGUAUGGAUUCGCUUGUUGUGACUCCCAUUAGUCAAGCAUCAGCCCGACAACGGGCAGGACGUGCAGGCCGCACUGGGCCUGGCAAAUGCUACAGAUUGUACACCGAAAAUGCAUUUAAGACGGAAAUGCUCCCUACCAACAUCCCAGAGAUUCAGAGAACAAAUCUUGGGAAUGUUGUGCUUCAGCUCAAGGCUAUGGGUAUCAAUGAUCUUCUCGGGUUUGACUUUAUGGAUCCACCGCCGGUGGCAACGUUGGUGGGCGCCCUCGAGUCACUCCACGCACUUGGAGCGCUCGACGAAGAAGGCCUACUCACACGACUCGGUCGCAAGAUGGCAGAGUUUCCUUUGGAACCGAAUCUCUCUAAAAUGCUUAUUCUCUCAGUCGAUUUGGGAUGUUCCGAAGAAAUUCUAACUAUCACAGCCAUGCUGUCUGUUGAGAACCCAUUUUAUCGCCCUCGCGAUAAGCAGGCUCAAUCCGACAUGAAAAAGGCUAAGUUUCACCAAGCAGAAGGCGAUCAUCUUACGUUGUUAGCGGUGUACAAGGCAUGGGAAGCUUCCAAGUUUUCAAAUCCGUGGUGCUUCGAAAAUUUUGUUCAGGCCCGAAGUAUGCGACGAGCGCAAGAUGUACGGAAACAGCUUGUCACGAUUAUGGACAGGUACCGCUUAUUACUUAUCAGUGCUGGCAAGAACUACAAGAUUAUUUGCAAAGCAAUCACUGCCGGAUUUUUUACGAACGCGGCCAAAAAGGAUCCUCAAGAGGGCUACCGAACUCUGGUCGACCAAAACCCGGUCUAUAUCCACCCAUCAUCUGCAGUAUUCAACAAAAACCCUGAAUAUGUCAUCUACCAUGAGCUUGUUUUAACAACGAAGGAGUACAUGAGGAACAUCCUCGUGAUCGACGCCAAAUGGCUGUACGAGCUGGCACCUUCAUUUUACAAGCAGGCCGAUCCGAACAGAAUUACCAAGACAAAGCGCAAGGAGAAGAUCGAGCCUCUUCAUGACCGUUUCAAUCCAAAAGAUUCCUGGCGCUUGUCAAAACGUAAGGGAUAG